AUGGAACGUUCGUUCCUUUCCACUCCGCAUGAGGUGUUGGCGCACUUCAGAGUGACAGAGGAUCAGGGACUACAGGAAAGCCAGGUAGCGAAACAUAGAGAGAGAUACGGUUCCAAUGCUCUCGAAGAAGAACCUCCAACGCCGUUGUGGCAGCUCGUUCUGGAGCAGUUCAAGGACCAGCUUGUUAUUAUACUGUUAGGAUCAGCUGUGGUAUCCUUUGUAUUAGCAUUGUUCGAAGAAGAAGAGGGCUGGACUGCCUUUGUGGACCCUAUAGUUAUCCUUACCAUUCUUGUCCUCAAUGCAAUUGUCGGUGUAUCCCAGGAAAGCAGCGCCGAAAAGGCUAUUGCGGCUCUUCAGGAGUACUCAGCAAACGAAGCCAAGGUCAUCCGUGAUGGAGCCAUCCAUCGCAUCAAGGCUGAAGAGCUUGUUCCUGGCGAUGUGAUCUCAGUGGCUGUCGGUGACCGCGUCCCGGCUGACUGUAGAUUGCUCACCAUCCAGAGCAACAGCUUCCGUGUCGACCAGGCUAUUCUAACCGGUGAGAGUCAAAGUGUUUCCAAGACUACAAACACGAUCAAGGACCCCCAGGCAGUGAAGCAAGACCAGAUCAACUUGAUCUUCUCCGGCACCACUGUUGUCACUGGUCAUGCUACCGCUAUUGUGGUUCUUACUGGCGCGAACACUGCAAUUGGUGAUAUUCAUGAGAGUAUCACUGCCCAGAUCUCGGAGCCUACCCCUUUGAAGCAGAAGCUUAACAACUUCGGAGACUCAUUGGCCAAAGUCAUCACCGUCAUCUGUAUCCUUGUCUGGUUGAUCAACAUUGAACAUUUCGGCGACCCGAGCCAUGGAAGCUGGACCAAGGGUGCCAUUUAUUACCUCAAAAUAGCCGUCUCUUUGGGUGUGGCUGCUAUUCCAGAAGGUCUUGCCGUUGUCAUCACUACUUGUCUUGCCCUCGGAACUAGGAAAAUGGCUGCUAAGAAUGCUGUCGUUCGAUCUCUUCCCUCCGUUGAGACCCUUGGAAGUUGCAGUGUUAUCUGCUCUGAUAAAACCGGAACUUUGACUACAAACCAAAUGAGUGUCUCUCGCAUUGUUUAUCUGAAUGAGGCUGGUAACGGUCUUGAGGAGAUCGAAGUCGAAGGCACUACCUUUGCUCCCGACGGAAACCUCAAGCAGAAUGGAAAUGUACUCAAGGACUUGGCUGUGUCGUCUGCCACCAUCCAACAGAUGACCGAAGUUGCGGCCCUUUGCAACGAAGCUGAGCUUGCCUACGAUGCAAAGUCUGGUUCCUUCAGCAAUAUCGGCGAGCCGACCGAAGGUGCUCUCAGAACAUUGGCAGAGAAGAUUGGGACCGACAGCGCCGCCAUCAAUGCCAAGAUCAGAAAUCUACCGCCCGCCGAACGUGUACAUGCCGCCAGCAAACAUUAUGAAACUCGAUCUCCGGUCCAGGCUACCUAUGAAUUCUGCCGUGACCGGAAGAGCAUGUCCGUCUUGGCCGGGAAGGGAAGAAGCCAGAGACUUCUCGUCAAGGGCGCUCCCGAAACGAUACUGGAACGAUGCUCUCAUGCGAUUACUGGACCAAACGGAGAUAAGGUUGCUCUCACAAAGAAACAUAUUUCGCUGAUCCAACAAGAGGUUGCAGACUACGGCGACCAGGGGCUCCGUAUCAUUGCCAUCGCUAACAUCGUCAAUGUCCCUGAAACACCCCUGCUACACGCCGCUCAGACAUCAGAGGAAUACGAGAAACUGGAACAGAACAUGACGUUGAUCGGCCUCGUUGCCAUGCUUGACCCCCCACGACCAGAAGUCCGCCCAUCUAUUGAAAAGUGCCGUGAAGCUGGUAUUCGAGUUGUUGUCAUUACAGGAGAUAAUCAGCAUACUGCUGAGUCUAUCUGCCGUCAAAUUGGGAUUUUUGGUAAAGACGAAGACCUCCGUGGCAAGAGCUUCACUGGCAGAGAAUUCGAUGAACUUAGUGAGCAAGGGAAACUCGAAGCAGCGAAGAAUGGCAUGCUCUUCUCCCGUACUGAGCCAACUCACAAGUCGAAGCUCGUUGAUCUCCUGCAAUCAAUCGGACAUGUUGUAGCUAUGACUGGAGACGGCGUCAACGAUGCCCCUGCACUAAAGAAAUCGGAUAUCGGCGUUGCCAUGGGCUCUGGAACAGAUGUCGCUAAACUUGCAGCCGACAUGGUUCUUGCUGAUGAUAACUUUGCUACCAUCGAAGUUGCUAUUGAAGAGGGAAGAUCGAUCUACAGCAAUACCCAGCAGUUCAUCCGCUACCUUAUUUCUUCGAAUAUCGGAGAAGUUGUAUCCAUCUUCCUUACCGCGGCUCUAGGCAUGCCAGAAGCUUUGGUUCCUGUCCAAUUAUUGUGGGUCAACCUGGUAACUGAUGGACUUCCUGCAACCGCCUUGUCGUUCAAUCCAGCAGACCACGAUGUUAUGAGACGUCCGCCACGCAAGAGGGAUGAACCUCUCGUCGGAGGCUGGCUUUUCUUCCGCUACAUGGUCAUCGGUAUCUAUGUUGGUGCUGCAACUGUCUUCGGUUAUGCCUGGUACUUCAUGUUCAACCCAGAGGGCCCUCAAAUCUCCUUCUGGCAGCUGUCACACUUCCAUAAAUGUUCCAGGGAAUUCUCCGAGAUCGGGUGUGACAUGUUCAGUAAUGACAUGGCAAAGUCCGCCUCUACCAUCUCUCUCUCCAUCCUUGUUGUGAUUGAGAUGCUGAACGCCAUGAACGCGCUCUCUUCCAGCGAAUCCCUCUUUACUUUCCCACUGUGGAACAACAUGAUGCUCGUCUACGCGAUCAUGCUCUCUAUGUCUCUCCACUUCGCUAUUCUAUAUAUCCCCUUCCUUCAAAACUUGUUCAACAUCCUGCCACUUAAUUGGUUGGAGUGGAAGGCUGUUCUGGCCAUCAGUGCACCAGUUGUCGUUAUCGACGAACUUUUGAAAUAUAUUGAGAGAGCUCUUUACGUUACGCGCGUUACUCCUAACCGCGAACCAGCGUCUCAAAACGGAUCCAACACAAAGUCAAAGGCGUCAUGA